CCGCGGCGCGCAGGCGCGUGGAGGGAGGCCGGAAGUGUGACGGGCGCGUGGGCCGGCGGCGGGGGGAGCCUUCCCGCCCCGCGCCGCCCCGACUGCCUGCCCCGCCGGCCGGGCACGCCGCGGCCCCGGCAAGAUGUUGCCCCUCUCCAUCAAGGACGACGAGUACAAGCCGCCCAAGUUCAACCUGCUCAGGAAGGUGUCGGGCUGGUUCAGGUCCAUCCUGGCGGACAAGACCUCCCGCAACCUCUUCUUCUUCCUCUGCCUCAACCUGUCGUUCGCCUUUGUGGAGCUGCUCUACGGCAUCUGGAGUAACAGUUUAGGUCUAAUAUCAGAUUCUUUUCAUAUGUUUUUUGACUGUACUGCUCUACUGGCUGGAUUAGCAGCAUCAGUUAUUUCAAAAUGGAGGUCAAAUGAUGCUUUCUCGUAUGGGUAUGUUCGAGCAGAAGUACUUGCUGGUUUUGUAAAUGGUUUAUUCCUCAUCUUUACAGCGUUCUUCAUUUUUUCUGAAGGUGUUGAGAGAGCACUUGAGCCUCCUGACGUGCAUCAUGAGAGACUUCUUCCUGUUUCUAUAUUAGGAUUCAUUGUAAAUCUUAUAGGAAUAUUUGUUUUUCAACAUGGAGGUCAUGGGCAUUCACAUGGCUCUGGGCACGAACACAGCCAUUCUCUAUUCAAUGGUGGUCUCGGCCAUGGGCACAGUCACGGAGGUCAUGGUCACAGUCAUGAACAUAAACAUGCCCAUGGACACACUCAUGAUCAUGGCCAUAGUCAUGGACACUCUCAUGGUCAGGAUUAUUGCCAUGGUGACCAUUCUCUUGAAGAGAUGGGUGGAUCCAGCAAACAGAUUUUACAAGGUGUAUUUCUACACAUUGUUGCAGACACACUUGGAAGUAUUGGUGUAAUCAUAUCUGCUCUGUUGAUGCAGAACUAUGGUCUAAUGAUAGCAGAUCCUAUUUGUUCAAUGCUGAUAGCACUACUUAUAGGUGUAAGUAUCGUUCCCCUUUUAAAAGAAUCCAUUGGAAUUUUGAUGCAGCGAACUCCUCCUUCCCUGGAAAACGCCCUGCCGCAGUGCUACCAGAGGGUGCAGCAGUUGCAAGGAGUUUACAGUUUACAUGAUCCACAUUUCUGGACCCUCUGUACUGAUGUUUACAUUGGAACGUUGAAAUUAUUAGUAGCUCCUGAUGCUGAUGGAAGAUGGAUUCUAAGCCAGACUCACAAUAUUUUUACUCAGGCAGGAGUGAGACAGCUUUACAUACAGAUUGAUGUCGCAGCCAUGUAGUGAAUUUCUGAAACUGUGCUGUUGGACCAAAGUUUUCUGUACUGUAAUGGUGUAACAACGUACUUCUCAAGACAGAGCCUGCCUCUGCCACUGUUCUGGAUUGAUUGAACAGAUUUCUGCCCUUGGGCUGUGGAUGGACUUCACUUCUAAGGAGUAAAUAUUGGGUGAAUGUUAUGGACUUUGGGUCUUGGGUUUUUGUGGCCCCUAAACUUACAGGUUUUUGAGGGUUUUUUUACUUACUAAAAUUGUGGUACUGGAAACCCUGUCAUGUCUUCAGUAAAGCUGCUGAAACCACUGCUCAUUCCCAUAAAACCAGUGUUAUCAACAAUUGGAAACUUGUUUUGUAGAUAAUGUCACAGUGGCUGACAUGCUUCAAUAUAAUUGUAUGUUUGUACAAUUGUUUGUACUUUGCAAACUUAAUGAACCAAACCAUAUUGGGUUUUCAAAGUGCCUUUCAUAUCAGAAGUAUUUGCCAGCAUAAAUAUGGAGCAUCAAAGGGUUUUAUUACUUUUACAAAUAUCUUGUAUGCAGUCUGAUUAUUUACUGGUGACGGGGGAGGGGGGCUUGGCGGGUGUACUUGCAUAACUGUAAAUGUUUAACUUCCCUUAUACUUGCAUCUUACCAGACAGAAGAAUUCUCUAUGUAAAAGACAAAGCUGUUGUGAAGAGACUUGUUUCCAAAACAAGCUGGAUAUUUUGAUGCACAUAUCUUGUGGAAAUCGCUUUAGUCAAAAUAUUAGAUUUAACUCUCAUUAUUAGUCUCUUAAUACUGUUGAGAGUAAUGAGACAUUACAUGAUGCUACUCAUGUUCAUAGUCACUGAAACAACAGGCAGCUGAGGGAAGAUGCUCGUGAUGGAAGCAAUGAUUGAAGAUUUUAUCUUCCAAAUUAUGUGGUGGGAAAAAUUAAAUCCCCAAAUUGUUUAUGAAAGCUUAAAUCAUCUUGAUUUUAAUAGGUUGUAAUAAUUUUUAUUAAAGAAACUGGUGAGAACUUAUGCCUUUCCAAAUACUGAAAGUAGUUGUUGCUGGUGGUUAUACCUGAAAUGGAAGUAAGGACCAUGGUUCAUGUUUAAGAUUAUGCUUUUUUGGGGUUCACAAGUCUGACGAUUUUUACUAUCUUACUGUAGCCUUUUGUGUUUUCAUGAAAAAAAAAAAUAUCUCAGUGCAGUUGUUUUUUCCAGAAACAUGUCUGUCAUAUGUUUCUAGCAUUUAUAAUCAUUCUAAACUUCUGAAUCUCAGUGUUGUUUUCAAAGACAAUCUGCUGUACUUGGUAUUACAGAUUAUAAUUCCACUAUGCUGUAGGAGGUAACUUAGUGAUGGAAGAUUUUAUAAGGGGGCAUUUUACAAAUGGAACAUUGUGAAGUAGAAAACAAGACAGGCAUUUUUCUGAGAAAUGAUAGCUGCUCCUGACAGUAUGGAUUUUAAGUAUUCUUCUGGUACCUGGUAUGUGGUAAUACUGAAAUCAAGGCCCUCUGAAGCUGACAGCGUCUGUGUAGCAAGUGCUAGGCACUGUGAGAGUAGUGAAGAUUCAUUUGCAGAAACGGAUCCUUUGCCACUGAUGUUGCUGAAUGCAUGAUAGAGAUGAAGAAUUUCUUGUGUUCAUUCUGUCAUUCAUUCCUAUAUAGCACCUGAAUUUUGAUCUUUUUUCAUGAGAAAACAUGAUGGUUACCAAAUUGA